CAGUGAUCUAACUCAAAUGAGGUCUUGACAAUUGUCAUAUACAUUUGAUGGUUUUAUGAUGACGAUCUUUUGUGGAUUUGGCAGAUAAACCAUAAAUAAUUUUGAAAACAAUUAUGAUUCGAUCCCAAUAAAAUUUAUUACGUUUAAUCGUCACAAUUAUAAUUAAGAAGAAAGUUAUUACCACAUUUUAAUCAGGUAUAGUAUACGUGACUUCUAACAUCCUUGACCAGUAUAGUUCGUGUAAACCAUCAAUCUUUAUUGCAUCACAAUACUUACGAUAUUUGGAUAAAUAAGUGAGAAAAAGAUAAUUAAAGACGGCGGGUCGAAGCAGCAGUAUGAGGAGAGCUCGAGACGGUUACCAGUAUCAGCCUAUUCCACGGGCUCCAACUGAGAAUGUUUUGGAACAUGAAAAUGAACGAAUGGCUGAAGAGCUCAGUGGAAAAAUCUCAACACUAAAACAUAUGUCAAUAGAAAUCGGAAAUGAAGUACGCUAUCAGGAUAAAAUUCUACGUGGUCUGGAUGAUGAUGCUGACAGAAGCUCAGGAUUCCUAGGAAAAACGAUGAGUAGGGUCCUUAAUCUUGGCAAGGGAAAUCACAACUACUACAUUUUUUAUUUGUUCCUAUUUUCGAUUUUUGUUUUCUUUGUACUGUACAUUGUUUUAAAAUUCAGGUGAUGAUUCGGUCAUAGUUUAGGGAUCUCACAUUCUUUCCUGUAUAUUAUUGGUAUUGUUAUGUAAAUAAUAAAAUGUAUACUUAUUAUAAAAUAUAUAGCUUA